GUAGUUUUGCUUCCUUUGUCAGGCUGACUUCCGUUUUACUGAGUAGUGCAGGUUGCUGGAAAAUACUGUUGGCAUCCUGGCAGCUAAUAUCACAUCUGUCCCUCUGACAAAUUUAACCAGUCGUGAGCAUUUUUUUAUGACGGCGCCAGAAGAGACGCUCUCCUUUGGUUUUAUUUUUUAUAAGAAUUUGAGUUCAUAAUUUUCACCCCAGCCCCAAACACCCGACUAUUUACCUAGCUAGCUGGCUAGCAUCAGCCAGCUGAAUUACCUAACAUGUUUCGAUUCUUGAAUGACGUUGAUGACAACCCUUUCAUGAUGGAUCCAUUUGCAACUCACAGGCAGCAAAUGAGGAGCCUGUUUGGAUCAUUUGGGUUCGAACCCUUUCCUCUCGCGCCCCAGAUUCAGCCACCCCGUGCCCCGCAGCUACAGGCUGGCCCUCUGACCCCCUUUGGCAUGAUGGGAAUGGGUGGAGGGUUCAUGGAUAUGUUUGGGAUGAUGGGAGGAAUGAUGGAAAACAUGGAAAGGAUGUCUGGUUCACCAAACUGUCAGACAUACUCCUCCUCAACGGUGAUCUCCUACUCGUCCUUAGACUCAGGGGCUCCGAAAGUCUUUCAGCAAACCAGUGAAAUGAGGACAGCGCCUGGAGGGAUCCGUGAGACGCGCCAGUCAAUGCGAGACAGUGAGAGUGGCCUCGAGCGCCUUUCCAUUGGCCACCACAUCGGUGACCGCGGCCACGUAAUGGAGCGCUCACGAAACCGCCGCACCGGAGACCGUGAGGAGCGACAGGACUUCAUCAACCUCGAAGAGAGUGAGGCUGCAGCAUUUGAUGAGGAGUGGAGGAGGGAGGCAGGGCGAUACCCUCCCCCAAAUGCCCGGGGGCUGGACUACGGCCGAGAUCGGCGGGCAGGAGGCCAGCAGCUGGCCCUCACUGCCCCUCCCAGCUCCACAUCUCCACCAGCCCAUCGGCACGAGUCACCCAGGCACCCCCCGCCCCACACCCGCCCCCGCUACGACUGGUGAGAGGGGUCCCAGGUGACGAGCUGAGCAGAAGGAUGAAGUUGAGGGAAACCUUUCCCAAUGCUGUGAACCAAGCUGAAGACAGAAGUUGGUGGUCAUCACAACUGACUGUCAUAAGUGUUUGAUAUGACUGGACUGUCUAUAUAUAAACAAUAUAUUACACAUCAGCGCCAAACACUUGGUAGUUGCAUUUACAGUUCUACUUCUCUGCUGUUACUCUUUAACACACACACACCCACACACACACACACACCCACACCCACACACACAUACACAAACGUGAAUCUUUGUGCAAACAUGCAUAUGACCCCCUACACACAAACACACACACUUUGUAUAUAGUUAUUCAUUCUCAAAACUUGACAUGCGUUUUUGCCCUCUGCACUAAAAACAGUAUACAGUGUUACACUACGUACAUCUGCUGUACAGUCCAUUUUAUGUUUGUGAGGACACUAGUGUGUCUGUGGAUUGAAUUGUAUACUGUUGACUAAUUAAACUAACUGAAUAAAAGAUCAUUAAACAUUGUUAGAUAAUUGCAAACCCAGUUGUGUUCCUCUUGUGGUGUUUGAGCUUGCACAUGUUACGAGAUGGAUUGUAUUGUUGAAACUAAAGCUGUACACCUGUGUAA